GUAGUACGUGAAUUCACACGUCCAUCUACCGUCGAUUAAUUCUGGGAUUUCUUUUGCAAUUCCGGGAUUUCUUCCCCCUGCCGAAGGAGGACCCGUCACGUUUAAAAGAGGGUGUUGAUUGAUCUUUUGAAUUAUUAGCUAGCUAGCGGGAUGGACUGGUCUCUCUUUAGGUGGUGUGGAGAGAGAGAGCGAAAGAGAAAGAGGGAGGACAAAGGAGUAUCACAGCAAAAGGACGAGCAAGCAGGGACGGAGGGGGAGGGCCUUGCGCGCGUGUUUAUGAGAAGUCUGACGACGUGAGAUUCUGUUCCUAUUUCUCCUCCGCGGAGGUUGUCUAAGCAAUAUCCGUUAAGACGUCCACUGAAGGCAUAUAUAGUCACACCAGCUGAGGAGCUUUUUCGACCGAGCACUGAGCUAAUGAACGUCAGAUGCAUCCAGAAUUCAUGCCGUAUUUGCAGUCCGGUUCAUUCAGGAAAGUGCUCGACGUGUGAAUACGCCCCUGACUCUGUUAGAAGUUCCUUCAAAAAGAUCAUCGGGCGAAUUACAUUAUAUGCUAUAUUCAACUGGGUGUCUCCAACACACUAGGACCAUUUCGACUGAGCUCUGACGUAAUUGCGGUCAGAUGCAUCCAAUUCAUGCCGUAUUUGCAGCCAGAUUCAUUCAGGAAUGUGCGCAUGCGAAGACCUCCUGACUCUGUCAGAAAUUCGGAAAGAUCAUCGGGCGUGCUUACAUUUCGACAUUCCAUAAGGUUUUUCCAAAGAGACUGAUAAGAAAAGUGUAGACAAGAGGACAGAGCAGGGAGAGCUGCAGGGAGAGGGCGUGCCUUAUUGUUUGCAUUUUCGACGUCGUGGCAACUUGACAUCUUGCUUUUGCCACUGGGGUUUGCCCAGAGUGGCGAAGGAGGAGAGGUGUAUUCAGGCGUAUUUGCAGUCAGAUUCAUUCAGGAAUGUGCUCAUAACGACUAUAUUUGGGAAGAAGGGAGAGAGUCUCUGUGCGUCGUCUCUGAGUUAAAGGAGAAAAGAAGGGUCCUUCCUUCCGGGGGACAUCCGUCAAAAUUGGAACGAUGCAGAGGUGGGCAUAAUCGAAAGAAGGGUCCUUCGGGUGGACAUCCGUCAAAAUUGGAACGAUGCAAAGGUGGGCAGAAUCGAAAGAAAGGUCCUUCGGGGUGGACAUCCGUCAAAAUUGGAACGAAUGCAGAGGUGGGCAGAAUCGAAAAUGGCACAAAUGGGCACCGGGCGACGAGCGAAUCUCAGCGAACGGUGUUGUCGUCGUGAGGAGAACAUGAAGGAAUUAUGAUGAAGGAAUGUGGUCCCCACCUUCCAUCCUUCAAUGCAAUGCUGAGUCUGUGCGUCGAUGAUCGGCUGCUGCGGGGACAUAGGAAACGUUUGGAACGGUUGCUGGUUGGCUGUCCUGAUGGAGUUUUGUGAUUCAGGCUCGUCGGUCAAUUCAUAAUGGAUCCCGAAUGGGAGACAUCGUAAGGUGUUGGCGACGAGUGGGGGAGGGAGGGAGGGAGGGAGGGAGGUGGUUCGGCGAGGAGGAGCUUGUAGCGCCCGGGGUCGGCUCGUUCUUUACUGUCCGUGAUCGAAGAGGAGGAUCGUUGUUGAAGACUCAAAGGGGUUACCUGUCUUCUUCUGCGUUCAUUUCUGCUUCGCAGGCUCUGGUGUGCAUGGCACUGAUGACUUUUGUGUUGAAUGAAUGCUUCGUUAGAACGUGUGUGCUAUAUGAGUCUCGCCUUUCGCUGUGUUGACUCAGCAACGAUGGACGAAAUUCGUGAUCCAUGCGUGGGUCGUCUUUGUAGAGACGGACGCUCGGGGGAGGGGGAGGGGCAGGAUUUCGCUGUCGGUGGUGAGACUGUUUGCGGCCAGACGCGCUUUGCGUUGUCGUCAACGCUUCAAGGCGCCCCGCACCGCAUCUCACGGGUCCUAAUGCCGCUUUGGUAGAGACAGAACACGUGGCUUCUUCUGAAGCCGUCUGCACGCUUGUCCUUUUCCUCCUCUCUCUCUCUCUCGAAGAUGAAGAAGAUACGUCUAGCGUGCCCUUUCACCUUAUUAAAGGACGGGUGCCAUUUGACCUUAUUAAAGGACGGGAUGGGGGCAAACGUUGCCGCGAACCGAAGCCUUUUUCGAGAACGAGUGCAUGCUGUCCACAACAUGCCUUUCUUUCUUAUUUGGCCUUCGGAUCGCCCUCACAAGUCUUCUGUGUGAUUUGUAUUCGAAAGGUGAAUGAAUGUUUCGCCCCAAUAGAAGAUAAUAGCUGUAUUCGAUUGUUUGCUUGCUUGCUUGCUUGGACAUGUGUACUCUUCGAGAUGCUGUGCCUUUGUGGUGUGCUAUCGGGAAUGUUCGGCGUGGGUUAAGGGACAGAGAGAGAGAGAGAGAGAGAGAGAGAGAGAGGAGAUGAUGGACUCCUUUGUGUUCUGUUCCUGAGGGAAAUGGGUUUGGAAAAGUAUGACGCCUACUGGGGUAUGGCAGAAGGCAGGAAGACGGAUCGCUGGCGGAUAAUGAGGAGAGAGGGGAAACACCCUUGGAGCCGUCGGUUUCACCUGUGCAUGUUUUUCGGCACAACAUGCUUCCUGGACAAUUGCACCGCACAAAUCGCGGGCGCGUAGAGAGAGAGAGACACACACACAGAGAGAGAGAGAGAGAGAGAGAGAGAGAGAGAGAGGACGUGUUGAGUGUCGUCGGAAAAGCGACCCACGAUGAGUUUGCUGCGAAUGGGUAUCAUUUGAUCAUUGGGGUCUGCGAUAUGCCGUUGUUGGGGGGGUAUAAUGGAGGAAGGCCUCUCGUAAGAGAGAGAGAGGAGGGGGUAUAAUGGGGUUCAAACCCGACAGGGCUGUGUGGGCUGAUUGGCUGCCAAACGGGGAUUAGUACUCGUCUGUCGAGGAAGGUGGCUGAUGGACUUUGGGCACGAGGGGAUGGAGAGGGGAGUCUCUCGGUAUUAACGAAAGGGGGGCAAGGUGCCUUCGUUGCCGCGUCAAUGGCCAUUCAAGGGCCUACAGUAGUGGUAGCUAGAUGUAAAUGGGGGGUGGACAGUGGCUCUACGUCGAUUGUCCGUGGAAUAUUUGAUUUGCGGCUGACUGUUUGAAGGGGGUAGAGAGAAAAAUCGAGUGGUCAUCGAGGGGUCCCAGGGGUCUUGGCAGUCCACUCGUGUACAAACGUGAACGUUGUUGUUGAUGACGUCAUCAUCGUGACCGGUGAAUGUCUUCGUUAACAGUUUGAAACUGCUCCAUCUGCUUUCGAUUCGGCAGGUGCCAUUCUUUACCUCGUACUCUGUAUAUAUAUAUAUAUAUAUAUAUAUAUGACGACGAUGGAUGAUGACGACGACGAUGGAUGACGAAGAUGGAUGAUGACGACUACAAUGAUGAGGACGAUGGAUGAUGGAUGAUGGAUGUGGUAAUGAUGUGAUGAGGCUUUUCAUAUGAAAUCCAAUGCGCGCCGAAACGUU